GGUGACGCACGCCCCUUUGUUGGCUCAGUAGCGGUAGCAGCGGCCGCGGAGGUGGCGCUGGGGACUGUUUUCCGUCUGAGGCCGGAGCGGAGCGGCGUCUGACUGAGGCGGGCAGCAAGCGGCCCCGUCACUCUCUCUCGCCCUCCUCCGCGCCCUCCGCGCCGCCGCCAGCCGCCAACCGCCGCGCCCGGGCCGGAGCCAGGCCUGCCUCCGGACCUCCGCGGGAGCCGGAGCGAGAGCCGGGGCCUCGGCGUCCCCGCCCUCUCCCCGCCUCGGCCAGCGUCCGCCGGGCCCCCGCGCGUCGCGCCAUGGACUCGGACGAGGGCUACAACUACGAGUUCGACGAGGACGAGGAGUGCAGCGAGGAGGACAGCGGCGCGGAGGAGGAGGAGGACGACGACGAGGACGAGCCGGACGAUGAUAACCUAGACCUGGGCGAGGUGGAGCUGGUGGAGCCCGGGCUGGGCGUCGGCGGCGAGCGGGACGGACUGUUGUGCGGAGAGACGGGCGGCGGCGGCGGCGGCAGCGCUCUGGGGCCCGGAGGCGGCGGCGGCGGCGGCGGCGGCGGGCCGGGCCACGAGCAGGAGGAGGAUUACCGCUACGAGGUGCUCACGGCGGAGCAGAUCCUGCAACACAUGGUGGAAUGUAUCCGCGAGGUCAACGAGGUCAUCCAGAAUCCAGCAACUAUCACGAGAAUACUCCUUAGCCACUUCAAUUGGGAUAAAGAGAAGCUAAUGGAAAGGUACUUUGAUGGAAACCUGGAGAAGCUCUUUGCUGAGUGUCAUGUAAUUAAUCCAAGUAAAAAGUCUCGAACACGCCAGAUGAAUACAAGGUCAUCAGCACAGGAUAUGCCUUGUCAGAUCUGCUACUUGAACUACCCUAACUCGUAUUUCACAGGCCUUGAAUGUGGACAUAAGUUUUGUAUGCAGUGCUGGAGUGAAUAUUUAACUACCAAAAUAAUGGAGGAAGGCAUGGGACAGACUAUUUCGUGUCCUGCUCAUGGUUGUGAUAUCUUAGUGGAUGACAACACAGUUAUGCGCCUCAUCACAGAUUCAAAAGUUAAAUUAAAAUAUCAGCAUUUAAUAACAAAUAGCUUUGUAGAGUGCAACCGACUAUUAAAGUGGUGUCCUGCCCCAGAUUGUCACCAUGUUGUUAAAGUUCAAUAUCCUGAUGCUAAACCUGUUCGCUGUAAAUGUGGUCGCCAAUUUUGCUUUAACUGUGGAGAAAAUUGGCAUGAUCCUGUUAAAUGUAAGUGGUUAAAGAAGUGGAUUAAAAAGUGUGAUGAUGACAGUGAAACUUCUAAUUGGAUUGCAGCCAAUACAAAGGAAUGUCCCAAAUGCCAUGUCACAAUUGAGAAGGAUGGUGGUUGUAAUCACAUGGUCUGUCGUAACCAGAACUGUAAAGCUGAGUUUUGCUGGGUAUGUCUUGGCCCUUGGGAACCACAUGGAUCUGCCUGGUACAAUUGUAACCGCUACAAUGAGGAUGAUGCAAAGGCAGCAAGAGAUGCCCAGGAGCGAUCUAGGGCAGCCCUGCAGAGGUACCUGUUCUACUGUAAUCGCUAUAUGAACCACAUGCAGAGUCUACGCUUUGAGCACAAACUAUAUGCUCAGGUGAAACAGAAGAUGGAGGAGAUGCAACAGCACAACAUGUCCUGGAUUGAGGUUCAGUUCCUGAAGAAAGCAGUUGAUGUCCUCUGCCAGUGUCGUGCCACACUUAUGUACACUUAUGUCUUCGCUUUCUACCUCAAAAAGAAUAACCAGUCCAUUAUCUUUGAGAAUAAUCAAGCAGAUCUAGAGAAUGCCACAGAGGUGCUUUCGGGCUACCUUGAACGAGAUAUUUCUCAAGAUUCUCUGCAGGAUAUAAAGCAGAAAGUACAAGAUAAGUACAGAUACUGUGAGAGCCGCCGAAGGGUUUUGUUACAGCAUGUGCAUGAAGGCUAUGAAAAAGAUCUGUGGGAGUACAUUGAGGACUGAGAAUGGCCCUGCAUAAAAUGAACUCUGAAAAUUUUACCAUCUAGAGUGCUCAUGCAAUUAAAACAAACACAAACAAGGAGGCACUAAGCCUAUCUGACACUGCUGGUCUGUAGUACCAGAAUUGUUUUGUUAACGGAAAGUUUAAAUUAUAUUGUAAUAAAAAAGGUAGAUAAACCAUUGUACAACAGUAUUCUAGGCCGCCAACAAAAGUGUGACAGACACACUAAAAGCCCUCCAACUUUAACUUGUAACGUAGCUUCAUUCUCAAAGCUGACUACUUUUUUUCUUUCUCUUUUUCCUGAGUGUAGUACAGUUAAAAUUUCAAAUAGCUCCUUGACACUGCUUUUCAUGUCCAAACCAGCCAUUUUGUUGUACUUUGGUAAUGGAGCCCUUUCCCUUCCUCCCCUGCAUAUACAGAUACACCCACACUGACUCACUUUCUUUCAUACUCUAAGGUCAUGAGUGAAUGAUGAUUAUUAGCUACUUGUAAAGGAAAUACUUGGGAGGGGGAAGUGGGUAGGCAGCAAGGGGAUUAAACAACACAAAAACUUUGUAUAUGACUUUUAAAACAAGAGGACAACACAGUAUUUUUCAAAAUUGUAUAUAGUGCAUAUGCAUGGACAAAGCAAGCGUGGCACGUGUUUGCAUAAUGUUUAAUUACAAAAAAUAUUUAUUCUUUAAAAAGCUUCAAGAUUAUGUCUAUUUGCUGUGCAUUUUCUUUCAGUUCACUUUAUCUUUCCAGAGUUGGGGUUGGGAUAAAAAUGUGUUUGUUUAGCACCUCUGGAAGACCUAACUAGAGUGCUUCAGUUUCCCUUUCCUGAGGUCACUUUCCUGAGGUCACUGCCCUUUUUGAUGUGGUAUGCCUUUUGUUUGGCUGUGGACCUCACACCUUGAAUUCCCAGCUCUCUAUCUAGAACAGGGAAGUCAAGUUCUGAAUGGAUGCCAUCAUCUGUUAGGUUACAGGGUUUUUUUGCUCCGGUUCAUGAAUGAUCCUGCCCCAACCUGCUCCUCCCUGGCCUUGGCACCUCUGCCCCCAGCCCUUGUGUGACCAUGUCAUGCAUACAGCUGUAGGUUUCCUAGGCUCCCCAUGACAUCUGGAGGAAGCAUUGCAAAAUUUCUUUUCCUGGUCUUUUUUCCCUGAAUUGCUGCUUUGAGCCUUUUAAGAUUUUAGUUAUGGCUCAUCUCUCAUCCCUUCUUUCUCUAUGUUAGGGUGUUGAAUACAUUGUUUUCGCUUUAAAUAUAAAUAAAUAGCCAUUCACUUAGUCUCAGAUUGUGAAUUUAAAAUGGUGGAUAUUGAAAUUGCUUGUGUGUGUUGCGGUGGGUUCAGUUUGAAACAAACACCCCUAGAACACUCUCCCAUCCAGUGCAUUUAAGUAGAAAUCACUGAGUUUUCUUCUUUUCUAUUGUCAGCAGAUAGGAGAUUAAUAAUGCAUUUUAGCUGUGAUGUCCAUAUUUAUGAAAUUUCUACUAAAAGCUAUGUUAAAGUAAAGGAUGGUGGUAGUUUUAUUAACUAUAUACCUAUUUAGGCCAUUCUGCCUGUGGUUUUUUUCAACAGGUCAGCAUCCCUAAAUCUGUCAGUUUUAUACAAGAGUGCAGAGUGAACUAGGCAGCUAGAUUAGGAGGUAUAACUAUUAAACACCAGUUUUGACUGAGGACCUCUUUGUCUUCCUUUAACUGUCCUGUGCCUAGGGAGUGUUUACUAUUUGUGAGGCAGCUCCGUCUGCUCUUGCAUUGUACAUCUUACUACUCCAUUGGGAAGUAGCUUCACUUUCCUCUGGCCUUUUGCCUAAGUUAGGCUUUGCUGAAUCAACCCUACUUUUCCUUUUAGAAAAGGUUACACGAGAUGUACUUGCAACUAUUGUUUUCCCAUAAAAAAUCAGUGAAUAUUUGCUGAGUAUAUUAUGCUGCUUCCUUUAAACCACUUGUUGCUUUAGGUUCAACUUUCCCUGUUCCUUCUUUCUUCCUUGCCACUUCAGGUGCAAAUCUGAACUCAGUGUUUGCUUCUUCCAUUUUUCUCUUCUCUCUUCCCAUCAUCCGUUUGACUUUAUUUUGCUUUAAAUAAUUGCAUCAAUCUUAAAAAGACAUUUUUAAAACCAAGGAGAUUUUUUUCUUCAAAGAAAGCUCAAGUAAGUUCCUUUCCCUGGUAACUUUGAAAAGCAACCAGAAUUGUUACAUGGAUAUAUGUAGUCCCUUAAAAUGCUUUGUGUAUGUAAUGUUUAAAACAUAAACCAGUUAACUUUCCACUAUGUAGGUCUGAGUGUCCUGAAUACUUUUCACAUGCUCCCCUUACAACGAGUAUCCAAAAGCUGUGUGUGCGUGUGCACUUCACAGGCUCAACCUCACCCAUGGAAGAACAGUACAUUUAGAGAUGCUUUCUGGUUCCAGUUUUGGCAUGUGACCUGAGGGUAUUGGCAGUUGUGGGUGCACUCCCAGGAUGUCAAAGUGAAUUGACCUGACUUCUACUUCCAAGCUUUUAACAACUGUCUCCUCCAUAUCUGACAUAAUUCCCAGAAUUAACUGCUUUUGUUAGUAACUUCAGUGCCCCCAGCUGGGAUAGGCAAGCCAUAUUGUAUGACUGCUUCCCUUUUUCAAUUAAAUCUGUCAGAGGGCUCUGCUUACAAUAAGCACAGAGUCUACCGGUGUUGUUGAGGUCAGUUACAUUGUCUUUUUGAAAAGUGCAUGCUUCACUUGAGCAAUUCAUUGAGCAGCAGAUGGAGUUUCAAUAAUUUACAAUACAAUUUUGAUCCAAAGCUCAGGACACAUAACCAUAGUGGUCAUAUGGAAUAGCAUAUAAUAUCACCAGACUCUAAAUUCUGUGUAAUUUGUUGCGAUCCAGAUUGUAUAUGUUUUAUGUGUGUUUAAAUAAAUAUAUUAAAUACACAUGUGUUAUAUAUACACACAUAUAUAAUAGAUCGAAAACUGACUGACUUGAUUUGAAAUGGUUGAAUCUGCAGUGAAAUGUGUGGUUCAACUGUGAUUAGAAGGUGAAACUUAGUACUAAGAGAGUAAGGGGACUUAAUGUAAUGAAUUCUUUUAGCUGCAUAUCCUGGUAUAGAGCACUUGGGGGAUGGGAUGGGGUGGGUUGGUGAGACAAUCAGAUCGAUAAAUUGAUUAAAUGCUCCUAACCCUGUAAUUUUGUGCAUAGAGCACCUUGUGCUGUGGAAAUAACUGUUCUUAGAUUUUCAUUGUAACUGGACUGUUCAGGUUGCCCAGAGGGAAAGAACAUUCCUAAUUCUAAUAAAAUAAACUUUUAUUUUGUUA